AUGCAAUCACUGCGAAACUUGGGGGACUUGGUCGACUACGUCCACCCAAAUUAUGUCAAGUCCGCUCUACAUCAAGACGCCUUGGAGAUGGAGGAUUCAGAGGUGAUGACCUUUCAUUCACGUAGUCUUGUGGGCCAGUUUUUGCGGAAAUUUUCCACGGGAUUUCAGCUUCUUACCUUCGAGCAGACGGUCGCUUUUAGCGACGCCUUCUUCUCGUUCUACGACAAUUCCAUUCGGGACAAGAUAACUAACCUCUCAGAUUUAUCCAAAUGCGCCGCUCUGAUGACCUCGUCGGACGGCCACCUGAGUGCGAAUCAGGUGAUCAAGUUUUCUGAGGAUGUGUGUAAGAAGGCCGGACAAAUUGGAGCGCUUUCACACCAGGAAUGCCAGAGACUGACCGAAACCCUGCAAAACUUUGCCGAGGUCUACCCGGAUAUGGCUGCCCCCCACUUUGCAUCUCACGCGCUUGCUCUCCGUCUUCGAAACUUCACAACGGCUGAGACAGAAUUGUACAAGGCCUUUGAAAUGCAAAUCGCCGGAAAGUCACACCCCGCUAGCGCAAAAGAUUUAAAACCAGCCGACGCAUGGACGCAGAUGGCUCUGGCUUCGGCCGCGAUGCAUCACUCCUUCGGGCACGAACGACAAGCUCAGUCCUUUUUGGAACAAGCCCUUCGUCAGGCAUUGGAAACCAAUAAUACCGCCUCUUUGCGUCAAGUUCGGGCGGCACAUGAGGUCAUCUGUUCGUUUGGUGAACCUUUUCGAUAUGGCUCUUUGGAUGUGGAAAAAAGGACCACUGGACCAACGGAGCUUCUGUUGACUGAACUUCGCACCAAAAUGCUGAAACAACUAGCAGAUGGAGCUCCACCUUCAAGCAUUCUUCUCUCCUUCUUCAACUCAGAGGUCGCAGCCCGAGUUGAAGCGAUGGCUGUCAUCCUCCUCGAUCUAGCGCUGAUUGUUGCCUAUCAUGGUUGCAGGUAA